AUGAAGCUCCUCACCGUUUUCAGCCUCAUACUAGGCUUCAUUGCCAUGCUAUUCAAUGCGCAGCCUACCUUCACCGACACAAGCAACUCGAUUGGCUUCAUCGCAGGCUCGUCCAAGUCCGCCGAGACCACCAUCACCGUAACUCGCAACCACCCAGUUUUUGCCGUACCCCAUUUGACCUUCCAGACUGUUGUCACCCCAGUCAAGAAGUCAACCUUGGCUAACGAAGGCAUCUUGGUUACCCAUCACCAGCCCACUGAUACUUUCCUCCCCAGUCACUUCAACGCCAAGGCGGUUUUUAACACCGCACGCGAGUACCGGUCCGAGAAGACUGACGAUGAAGUUUUCUUUAAGGCUGUUCAAGGGGACGAAACAUCCCACGAAGAGGCAAGUCAGGGGGGCGAACGCGGUCCCGAGAACAAUGCAGACGGCCACGAGAACGGCCCCCACGAGGCAGCCCGCCUUGUCCUCGAUGAUCGCUCCCCCUCAGCCGCAAAUACCGGCGGCUUCGCAAAGACCUGCGCAUCCGGCUGGGCCGUCUGGGACCUUGGCAACACCAUCUGGGCCAACUGCCGCGGCAGCGGCGAACGCCGCGACGCGCUCUCCUGGUCCCGUCUCGGCCUCGAUCACAUGCUCGGCAACGAUCGCGGCGAACUCGUCUACCGGCCCGGCGGCGACUUCUCCUCGACCUGCGCCGAUUGCGCGCGCUGGGGCAGGACGCACCUCGCGUGCCGAUGCCUCGACGAGCGAGGCGAGUAUCACGCCUCAGCCAUCAAUCUCGACAAAUACAUCGGUAACCAUGACGGCCUCCUGUGCUCCGAGUACGAAUGCGGCGUUCGCGAGAACCCGCCUCCCGGCGCCAAUUAA